UUCGUCAACAGACUCUCGUGCGGUUCGGUUCUCAGCCACAGCCUCUGAAUUCUGCAGCUCAAAUCACAGUCGAAAGUCACUAGUCACUGGUCACUACAUCAACAAUAUCGCAAAGUUACUGCUCUUGUCGGGUUUUCGAAAGAUUUUCGAAAGUGCUGAACAUAUAUUUUUUUUUGGUUAUUGUGCUAAGCUAAGAAAUUAAAUACGUAUAUAUAUAUAUAAAGAGAGAGAGAGAGAGAGAUAGCUUUGGCAGGUGAGCCAACAGCGUUUCGAAUACCGUUUUUCAAAUCAAGAAACCACCGAGCCGAAGUGAAAGUGUGUGUGGCAAAUAUUUGAAUCCCAUUUGCGUUCCGAAUCGGAGAAGGAUUUAGCGGAGAAAGCUUAAGAGACAGAGAAAACACCGUUGUCAAAGAAUCAACCAGGAAGCCAGGACAGCCAGGAUGCGUCGCUCCUCGUUCACGCCCGUCUUCAACUUGAGCACCCAGGAGCCGCUGAUCGUGGUGGAGGAGUCGCACACCGCCGAGGAUGGCGACGACCUUGAGGGGGCGGCCGGUGGCUGUGAUCCAACUGCUGCUGGGACACGACGCUCGAACAGCGAUGACUCCGAGCCGGAUUCACCGGUGAAUCCCUACCUGCUGUGCCCCUUCCCCGACAUGCAGCAGAGGCGCAAGCAUUCCCUGCCCUCGCUCCAAAUCACCGAGGGCAUCACCGCCAGUCAGGUGCGACGAUUGUCGGAGGUGGGCGGCGAGACCGGAGGACUUAGUCCCAAGGAGGUUGAGUUUUUGGCCACGCUCUCCCAGAAGGCCAAUCCCUCGGCUGGCGGACGUCGUCACUCGGUGGUGACCAUCUCGGCGGUGCCGCCAACGCUAUUCGGACGUAAUCGCCGCGAGUCCAUUUCCGGCGUAUCCUUCAGUGGCAGUCGCCGUGGCAGCGUCAUUGCCGGACCGCCUUUGACCGACCAUCGCGGCAGCGUUCACAACUUGCAGCUGGACAUCAUGGACGGUAUCGUUCAGCAGCGGAAGACGCGCAGCGGCAGCGGCGUGUGGACAGCGCCAGUUCUGCAGGAGGCCGAUAGCAAUGUGCCGGUGCAGACAUAAGCGGCCAAAAGGAUACGCAGGACAUCUGGGGGAUGGACGGACGGCUGGAUGGAUGGAUGGAUAGAUGGAUGGAUGGGAUUUCUGGGAUGAGAGAAGUAUGAUGGCUGGACAGAUCGACAGAUGGACAAAUGGAUUGGGUGGACACUGGGCAAUGCAAACAAUCGCCUGGCUACUCCGCCACUCGAACUGCAACUGGACCUUUAUUAACAUUUCGUGUUUUCCCCAACUCAACCCCGCGCAAAAACCUUCAAUUCUUUGCCCCGAUUUUCCGCCGGGAAAUUGCUUUUCGCGGCUGCCGCAUAAAGCAAACAAAUAAACCGCAAAACCACACGAAAAAAAAUCACACGGAAAAUGGCAAAGAAUGGUCGGUGGGGAAAAAGGAAAAACGCACAUACAA